AUGAGGUCAUACAACUUGACAUUAGAUGCUAUGAACUUUAACAACAACUUCACAACAACCAUUAACCCUGAAAUGCAAAGUUCUAUUAUGCCAUAUGUGAAAGUAUGGACUCAUACAGGAGCUCAAAACACUCAAUAUACAAAUGGAGACCGUUCAAACUUUUGGCUUGGCAUUCCAUUUGCUGACUCAGAAGACUUUAUGGGUGGUAUUUCAACUGUUGGUACAGUUCAAAUACAAUAUACUGGUGACAGAGACGGUCCAAAUGAAUUGAAAGCAAAGAAGUUUACAAAACCAAUAGCACUUUUCACGGAAGAUGCUCUUUUGAAGAUUCGUUCGAUGAAACCUGCUGGGGCUCCUCAGAUUGGCAUAACGACAGCUUCCAUCGAGCAGAUUUUGGCAGCAGGUCAGUAA